UACAAGUGCAAAACUCUCGAAGUUCUCUGACAACUUUAUUGACCUACUGCGAUAUGAAAUCUUUUUGUGAUAUCAAAUGGGAUGUAUUUGUACCAUAUUUGUUUUAUUCUGGAAGUGUGAUGCUACUAACCAACCAAAUACCUUUGAACAACUUCAAUUUUACCAGGUUAAACUCCGAAAUUACCAAGAAAGGAGAGGGUGCAAUAGUUGCAGGUUAUGCUGUUAUGCGGACUUUGACGUUAUUCGACACGAGGUUUAGGCUUGCAAGGGCAUUGCAUGACAUCUUGAACAAUGCAGGAGUUAUUGGAGAUACUAGAAAGGGAAAAGCAAGAACAAACCAUUUCGUUAAGAAAGGAAGCUUUGAGCUGACUUGGGAAGACUUCUCCUUGUUGGAGCCCAAGCACAUACGCCGUUCUAACAGAAAAGGACAGAAAGCGACAUGGAGAGGAACUAUAGACAUGGACAGUGGGGCACCCGUCAUACAGGUGAUCGUACAAAAUUCAACAAGGCCAGCCUUUGUAAUUCGGAUGCAAGGGACUACAAUAAAAAUCAAAUAUGGUUACUCACGAAAAUUGAUAAAGGCCAUUUCAAAAAAUCCUUUUGGAAACUUUUCAAAACUGAGUCAGACUGGGAAAAACGUGUUUCAUGACAUCUAUGGGGACUUUUCAAUUUUCUUUCUUCAUGAAAAUGAUCUACUUAGCAAGAAAUGUUUCUCAGAUAAACUCUUUGCCUUUGAAAAGUUGGAACAUAAACAUUGUCUUUUCAAAUCAAAUGAGCCAUCGGUACCAAAAUCAGUUGAUGAUAUUGUUAAGAUUUUGAAGUCAGUUGAUAGUUUUGAUCUUUUCGGAAAGCGAAACAAAUUUUGUCGGCCUUAUCAAACAACUACCGUCAGGAUCUGGGGUCUAGCUGGUGGUAUAGGGGCGUGGUGAACUGUUCUUACAGGUACACGUGCAGGCACACAAAAGCCUUUUCUUGCAGUAAAACUGCAGACAUCUUUCAUCACAUUUUGUUUGCUUGAAACAGUACUUUAUUUUUCUUGACAGUUUUGAUAUUACAAGUUACAGCAUAAAGGAUUUAGUACGAAACGAAACGCUCUUCCUAUACACGUUUAUUACAUGUUUCCAGUAAUCAGAUAUCAUAUAUACCAGUAAACAUUGACAUAUAUUCUGUAACUACAUAGUGAAAAAUAUCACAAUAUACUUCGAUAGUUGCGCGGGCCAAAAGGGUAAACUGCCUAAAACCUUUAAAUAGGAAUGAAUAAAAAUGAAAAUUUGUUUGUUCUACAUAUAUAUCUUUAUCAUGUAUUAAGCCAAUUCUGCCCCAUGUACAUGCAUCAAUAUAACAUAAUCACAGAAGAAAUCACAGUGAAAACAUACAAGAUGUGUAAGCAAGUUGGCAAUAAAAUAUAUCAUUAGAUACACACUUCA